GCUGACCGGCUUCCGGCGGAGCGGGCGGGAGGUGGGGCGGAGGCGCUGCUCGGGGGCGUCUGGGUGGAGGGGGAUUCAGACGCCGCGUCUGGUGUGUCCCUUUCUCCUUCCCGACCUUCCUCAGUCUGCGGCUCUUUUCUCCACCGCGCGCCCGCCUCAGCCGUUCAGCCCUGAGCUGGCGGGUGGACGGGCAUGGAUCCAGGCGGUGGGAGCAGUCUGCGAAGUCAGGGUAGGAAGGCUACACAAAGGAGGCGACAUCCCAGCCCGGUCCUCAGGAAUAAGCGGGCGUGCCCGUGUGGUGUGGACGGUGAGGGGACACUGUAUUAAGUGCCUUAUCUGCAUUAUCAUUGAAUCUUCAUAGCAAUCGAUUGUGAUGGGUACUGGUCAUCUCCCCGGGUUGUAGAUGAGGAAACUGAGGCCUCAGUAACUUUGCUUUAGUCAGUAAAUGAUAAGAGUCAGCAAAUGAAUUCCCAAGCGUAGACUCGGCCGUACCACUGCUCUACCUUGCUAAUAACGACCUACCUGUAAGCGACAAUUUUGACAAAAUGUCCUUUAAACAUCUUUUGUGCUCAGCUCUGUAUUCGUGGGCCCUCCAAAGGGGGUACAGGCAGGUAGAAGCCUCCGUCCCUACCUUAUAGGUUGUAUACAUCUGAACUGGUCGACUAAAGAUGCAAAGCCAAGUGCUCCAGUGAGUGUGGUACAGGUUGUUGAGAUGAAGGAGAGAUAGCAAUCAGCUGAAGUUACUGAAUACGUCAGGAAGGAGGCUGGUUUCAGCUGGCUGUGAUUGGGAGGAUCAACGCGAGGACAUUCCGAGUCGGAAACAGCCAAGGCAAAGACUCACAGGAUUCUGCCCUGCCCCUCCGCUCUGCAUCUGACAGCUGGGAUCUCGGGAUCCAGUUUUCCUAAGCUUGCUGGAAUUCCUGCAGUCCUCAUGUGAACUCCCCUGGCCUCACCACCAUCCUGUCUUACGGCUGUUCUGACGAAGGAAUCCCAGUUUAGACAACUGAGUAUCAAGUUCUCUCCCUAAGGAAUUAUCUGAUCAUAGUGGCAGGUAGACUCUAUUUGGGGUAUCUCUUUUCUGCAGGAUAAUCUCCUGACAUAUCUUUAUGUACACAGACAUAAUAUUUCCAUUGGAAACAGAUCCUGCCACCCCUGUUAGGAGUCAUCAAGCCUGCGCCCAAGUUCACUUGGACUCUGCUUUAUUCUGGAAAGAUUAAUACAUGGGCUACAGCUCUGGCAGCGUCAAAACUGGCCAGACCAACAGACCUCCUAGGAAAGCAAAACUCCUUUCCCUCAUCCAUGAAGCUGUACUCAUCUUGUUGGAUGUGAGACCUAUUUCUUAUUUCUUCCAUUUAUUCACCUGACUCGCUUUCAGAGUCCUUUAUGCUGCACGCCUUCAUUCCUGGUGCCCUCUCUUGUCUCUUCCCCAGUCCUGCUGAAGCUUCUCUUUAGCCCAGGCCCCAAGACUGUAUGGUCCCUGUGGCAGCAGCCAGUGUUGUUUCAGGAAGCAACAGCAUUUGAAAAUAUGACCAAAGAUUGGAAUUAUUUAGAAGGCUCUCAAAAGGAUUGCUACAGAGACACAAUGCUGGACAGUUAUGAGAACACGGUCCCACAGGGAUCCUUCCUACAGUUCUCCAUGAUGCCUCAGAGAGCUGGAAAUGAUCCACCUGGGGUUUCAAAUGCAAGUGAAAUGGAAAUGGAGAUAAGCAACAUGAGAGAAAAGUUUCUUAUGAGUGUAACAAAGUUAGUAGAAAGCAAAAGUUACAACAGCAAGGUAUUUUCCAAAGAAAAGUACUUUCAAACAAUAAAGGAAGUUAAAGAAGCUAAAGAAAAAGGGAAGAAGUCAUCACGUGAUUAUCGCCGUGCAGCAAAAUAUGAUGUGAUCUCUGUACAGGGCACAGAGAAACUGAUAGAGGCUACUCAUGGAGAACGUGAUCGAAUACGGUAUUAUGUACAUAAGGAAGAGUUGUUUGAUAUUCUUCAUGAUACACAUCUCAGUAUUGGACAUGGUGGGCGGACACGCAUGCUCAAGGAGCUGCAAGGAAAAUAUGGGAAUGUCACCAAAGAAGUUAUUGUCUUAUAUCUGACUCUGUGUAAACAGUGCCACCAGAAGAACCCAGUACCCAAGAGAGGCCUUGCACCAAAGCCCAUGACUUUUAAGGACAUAGACUCCACAUGCCAAGUUGAAAUACUUGACAUGCAGUCAAGUGCCGAUGGUGAGUUCAAGUUCAUUUUAUACUACCAGGAUCACUCAACCAAGUUUAUUAUUUUACGGCCAUUAAGAACCAAACAGGCCCAUGAGGUGGUCAAUGUCUUGUUAGAUAUUUUCACAAUUCUUGGUACACCCAGUGUGUUAGACUCUGACAGUGGUGUUGAGUUCACAAACCAGGUUGUUCAUGAGCUCAAUGAGUUGUGGCCAGACCUAAAGAUUGUAUCUGGUAAGUACCACCCUGGCCAAAGCCAGGGCUCCCUGGAAGGAGCAAGCCGUGAUGUAAAGAACAUGAUAAGUACCUGGAUGCAGAGUAACCACUCAUGUCACUGGGCCAAAGGCCUCCGAUUCAUGCAGAUGGUGAGGAAUCAGGCUUUCGACGUUUCCUUGCAGCAAAGUCCAUUUGAGGCAAUGUUUGGUUGUAAAGCCAAAUUUGGGCUAUAUUCCUCAAACUUGCCCCGGGAAACUGUGGCUACUUUACAAACGGAAGAAGAGCUAGAAAUUGCUGAAGAACAGCUAGAAAAUAGCCUUUGGAUCAGGCAGGAAGAAAGGGCUGAGAUUGGAGCAGACAGAUCUGAUAUGGACGAUGACAUGGAUCCCACUCCUGAAGCUUCAGAACCCAGCACCUCACAAGGGACUUCCGGUCUCCUCUGCUGGUGAACAGAUGGCUGCUGGGUGGACAGUCACAGGUGUCUCUCUGAGCAUAGUCAUCUGAGAACUGUUGCCAGAGGCCCCAGAGGAAAAGAUUGAAGGCUGCACUCUCAGGUCAAGUUGUACAUGGCAGUCCUUGCUCAAAAAGACAAAAGUUCGGGUCUGUGUAUUUAUUCUUAGGGCUGCCAUAAAAAAUUACCACAACCUGGCCGGGCGCAGGGCUCAUGCCGGUAAUCCCAGCACUUUGGGAGGCUGAGGUGGGCGGGUCACUUGAGAUCAGGAGUUCAAGACUAGCCUGGCCAACACGAUGAAACCCUGUCUCUACUGAAAAUAUAGAAAUUAGCCAGGCUUGGAGCUGUGUGCCUGUAAUCCCAGCUAACCAGGAGGCUGAGGCAGGAGAAUCACUUGAACCCAGGAGGCAGAGGUUGCAGUGAGCCGAGACCAUGCCACUGCACUCCAGCCUGGUGACAAAGCAAGACUCUGUCUCAAAAAAAAAAAAAUUACCACCAUGUAGGUGACUUAACAGAAAUUGAGUCUCACAGUUCUGGAGGCCCAAAGUCUGAAAUUGAAGUGUUAGUAAGGUAGGUUCUUUCUGGAGGCUCUGGGGGAGAAUCCAUUCCAUGCCUUUCUCCUUUCUCUAGUGGCCAUCGGCAAUCCUUGGCAUUCCUUGGCUUGUGACAGUGUAAGCCCAGUCUCUGCUUCUAUCUUCAUGUGGCCUUCUCCCCUGAGAAGGCCAUAAUUUUUUAUGGCAGCCCUAAGAAUAAAUACACAGACCCGAACUUUUCCCUUAUUAAGCAAGGACUACCAUGUACAACUUGACUUGAGAUACACAGGAAUACCUUGUGUGUAUUCUUUCCUGUCUCUUGUAAAGACAUCACUAGACACCAAAUCCAUGUCACUGGAUUUAGGGCUCACUCUAAUGAGGACGAUCUCAUCUCGAGAUCCUUACCUUAAUUAGAUCAGCAAAUACUCUUUCCAAGUAAGGUGACAUUCACAGGUACUGGGGACCUGAACUUGAACCUUUUUUUUUUUUAUUUUAUUUCAUUUUUUUACAGACAGGGUCUCCUUAUAUUGCCCAGGCUGGUCUCAAACUCCUGGGCCCAAGGGAUUGGCCUCCCAAAGUGCUAGGAUUACAGGCACACGCCACCACACCCAACCAGGACUUUUUUUUUUUUUUUUGAGACAGGGUCUCGCUCUGUCACUGAGGCUGGAGUGCAGUGGCACAAUCUGGGCUCACUGCAGCCUCCGCCUCCCCAGUUCAAGCAAUUCUGCCUCAGCCUCCCCAGUAGCUGGGACUACAGGCGUGCACUGCCACACCUGGCUAAUUUUUUUUUUUUGGAGACAGAGUCUCACUCUGUCGCCCAGGUUGGAGUGCAGUGGCAUGAUCUGGGCUCACUGCAGCCUCCGCCUCCCAGGUUCAAGCGAUUCUCCUGCCUCAGCCUCCUGAGUAGCUGGGACUACAGGCACACACCCCCACAAACCCAGCUAAUUUUUGUAUUUUUAGUAGAGACGGGGUUUCACCGUGUUAGCCAGGAUGGUCUCGAUCUCCUGACCUCGUGAUCCACCUGCCUCUGCCUCCCAAAGUGCUGGGAUUACAGGCGUGAGCCACCACGCGCGGCCAGACUUACAUUUUUAAGAGACACACUUCUCAUUAUAGUCAAUAGAAGUAUAUGUCUGCAAAACAAGAACUGAUGGAUGAGGUCUCAAGAAUGUAAAGCUGGUGGGACUGCCCUAGAUAUAGCUAAUACAUAUUCCUGCCCCUCAGACACAUACUCUAAAACAUGGAGGCAUCACAGGAAAAUAAGUAGAUGAAGGAAGGCUGGGCACGGUGGCUCAUGCCUGUAAUCCCAGCACUUUGGAGGCUUAAGCGGCCGAUCACUUGAGGUCAGGGGUUCGAGACCCGCCUGGCCAACAUGGUGAAACCCCGUCUCUACAAAAAUGCAAAGUAUUAGCCGGGCACGGUGGCAUGCAUCUGUAAUCCUGGCUACUCAGGAGCCUGAGGUAGGAAGAUCCCUUGAACCUAGGAGGCAGAGGUUGCAGUGAGCCGAGAUCAUGCCACUACCCUCCAGCCUGGGCGACAGAGCAAGGCUCUAUCUCAGAAAAAAAAAAAAGUAGAUGAAGGAAAAGUAAUAGGAAGAAACAAGAUUCAUCUAAGAUGCCCUAGAGACUGGCCACCUUACCAACUGGGCUCUGUUUCCCGCUUCAGGAGAAACUGUAUGUGCCAUCCCUUUUCUCAGAGCAUUAUGCACAGAUAAUUGUGUAACUGCAUGAAACAUAUAUUAAAAUUAGGUCAGAAGUAAAGUAUGGUUGGAAUUUGGGUAUGCGUCUGCCACUUGUCUGUGUCUCAAGCACUUAAAAACAUAUCCUAUUCCUGGCACAGUUCAGUGCAUUUCGGGAAGUGACCAAUAGUCAGGGAAAUAAUCAAGGUUUCUGGAACAAAAUGCAAGAGUUGGCCUGAGAUCACUGCUCUACCUAGAGAGGAGUAGGGCAAGGCCAGUCUGGGCCACAAUUCAGAGUAAGGAUGACUGACCCAGCCACAAGGGAGGACAGUGCCCAGGACCUGUGUACUCCUAUGUUCCCAAUGCCUAAGAGUGCCCAGCCCAUGGAAGGUGUUCAGUGAAUUUAAUGAAUAAAUGAUUCUACAGAAAUGGGCAUGGGGAAGGAGAAAGGGCCUGCAGUCUUUUAUUUUUAUUUUAUUAUUUUUUUUUUUUGAGAUGGAGUCUCGCACUGUCACCCGGGCUGGAGUGCAGUGGCACAAUCUUGGCUCACUGCAACCUCCACCUUCCAGGUUAAAGCGAUUCUCCUGCCUCAGCCUCCCAAGUAGCUGGGAUUACAGGCGCCCGCCAACCACGCCCGGCUAAUUUUUUGUAUUUUUAGUAGAGACGGGGUUUCACUAUGUUGUCCAGGCUGGUCUCGAAUGCCUGACCUCAUGAUCCGCCUGUCUUGGCCUCCCAAAAGUGCUGGGAUUACAGGCAUGAGCCACUGCGCCCGGCCAGUCUUUUAGUCUUUAUACAAGUGUCCUUCCUGCACAUCCCAGAGCCAUCUAAGACCCAUUCUGAUCAUCUCUAAUGCCAGUUCCCUCUUCUGUAAGGGGCAGUAACACCCCUGGUGCUGCCUACCUCACAGGAUUGUCCUGAGAGACCAGCGAGAUUCUGCAUGUGAAGGGGCUUUCUCUGAAUAGUGAAGUUCUACAAUGUGACUCAUCUUUGCGGACCCUGUCCUCCACGUGAGGGUGGGAGACCCCUGCUCAUUGCCAUUUCUUUUCAGAUUCUGCAGUGUUAAGUUGGAAGGUUUCCACGGAAGCCGCAUUAUUAUUACAUAGGAAGUGACAUCACUUUCCAGCUUGUUUUGGGGGGCCAAAAUCUUGCUAUGUUCUUGGCCAGCACCUCAGUUUCCAUCCUCCUUCCAACCCAUUGUCUUUCUUUGUAACUCUGCCUAACAGGUCUGGGAGGUCCAACUUUGACUGAGGACAUUACCUUCCCCUCCCCAGUGCUGACCUCCUCCCUCCUAGUUACUUGGCAUACCGGGAACCACAUCAUCAACUCCUGUGGGUAAAAGGUGACACAUGAGCCAUAACACCGCUUGCUUUCCCAGAGAUGCCUGGGUUUCCAGGAGCUGCCACAUCACUCUUCCUCUUUUGCAUCUUAAUGUUGGCAGUGGGAAAGAGUUAGAGGUGGAUUCCUGGACCCAGUCUGGCCUGCAUUAUUUCAGCAUGUGGAAUAGAGGUCACUAACCGGUGUGCCACAGGCUAGUCUCAGCUUGCAAAUGUAUUUUGUCCACAUAAUGUUUUUAAUUUUUUUUUUUCUAAACAGAGUUUCGUUCUUGUUGCCUAGGCUGAAGUGCAAUGGCGUGAUCUCGGCCCACUACAACCUCCACGUCCCGGGUUCAGGUGAUUCUUCUGCCUCAGCCUCCUGAGUAGCUGGGAUUACAGGUGCCCACCACCACGCCUGGCUCAUUUUUGUAUUUUUAGUAGAGACGGGGUUUUGUCAUUUUGGCCAGGUUGGUUUCAAACUCCUGACCUCAGGUGAUCCACCCACCGUGGCCUCCCAAAGUGCUGAGAUUACAGACGUGAGCCAUGGUGCCCGGCAUUUUAAAUUUUUUUUUUUUUAAUUAAUUGCCAACACUUUAAACACUGGAGAGUUCAUAUAAAAAUCUGGAUGUCUAGCACCUCUUGAGAACUCGGCAUAUGUGGCCACAGUGGGUCCACAAUUUCUGCACAGCAGCAAAUGAGGAGACGCAGUGCAUGUGGCACUCUCCAGGUGGCCACCCUCAGCCACUCACAUGUAUAUUCGUUUCUGUGGCCCACUGCUGAAGAAAGGCCACUGCGGGGCGUGGUGCCAUGUACCUGUAAUCCCAGCUACUUGGGAGGCUGAAGUGGGAGGAUCACUUGAACCUGGGAGGCCAAAGUUAAAGUGAGCCAUGAUCGUAUCACCGCACUGCAGCCCGGGUGACAGAGACCCUGUUUCCAAAAAAAAAAAAAAAGAAAAAGAAAAAUGGCCAGCAACAGACCUGUGUAUCUCUAGGAACUUAUGAUAGAAGUGGCAUUUCAAUCAGUGGGAAGGGUUGUAUUAUUCAGUUAAUGGGGCUGGAUCAAUUGGCUGUCCAUUUGACAAAAAUGAAGUCUGACCCCUAAACAUUAAACAUUUAAAAAUAAUGAUAAAAAUAUUGGGGGGCUGGGUGCGGUGGCUCACGCCUGUAAUCCAAGCACUUUGGGAGGCCAAGGUGGGUGGAUCACCUGAGGUCAGGAGUUCGAGACCAGCCUGGCCAACCUGGCAAAACCCCGUCUCUACUAAAAAUACAAAAAUUAGCUGGGUGUAGUGGCAGGCGCCUGUAAUCCCAGCUACUCAGGAGGCUGAGGCAGGAGAAUCACUUGAACUCGGGAGGCAGAGGUUGCAGUGAACCAAGAUCGCACCACUGCACUCCAGCCUGGGCAACAGAGCAAGAAUCUGUCUAAAAAAAUAAAUAAAUAUAUGUAUAUAUAUAUGUAUGAAAAAAGACGUUUGUGAUCUUGGAGAAAAAUAUUAAUACAUCUGGCUACAUAAAAAUAAAUACUGAUAUGGAAAAAUAAUGCCAUUUAAAAAGCAGAAAGUAGGCUAGGUGCAGUGGCUCAUGCCUGUAAUCCCAGCACUUUGGAAGCCAAGAUGGACGGAUCACCUGAAGUCAGGAGUUUGAGACCAACCUGGCCAAAAUGGCGAAACCGCAUCUCUACUAAAAAUACAAAAAUUAGGCAUGGUGGCAGGUGCCUGUAAUCCUAGCUACUCAAGAGGCUGAGGCACAAGAAUUGCUUGAAUCUAGGAGGUGGAGGUUGCAGUGAGCUGAGAUCGUGCCACUGCACUCUAGCCUCGGUAACAGAGUGAGACUCCCUCUCAAAAAAAAAUUGUUUUCUAAAAAUCUGUUAUGAUUUUCUUUCUCAUCCUUGGCCAUUUCUUCUAGUCUUAGUUUUAGCUGUGACUUUUCUGUGUAAGACUCACUUAUGCCUCUUCCAGGCUCCUGCCUUCUGACUACUAUGGGCUUCUCAGAGUCAAUAAUCUCCCCUAACAUAUUCUUCCUUCUGUAUUCCACUAGUUCUAUUAAUGGCACCAUGGGUCACCCAACCCAGAGUCAUCAGUGUAUCAUUCUCCCUCACUGCCCCUAGCCAAUUUGCUAAAUCAUGUCAUCCCUACCAGUGGCAGAUUAUAUUUUCCAAAUGUCAAUGCCACAGUAUAUCUGUAACACAUGUUCUUCAAGAACUUUGCACUUUCCUAUCAAGAGAUGGAGUUUUUAUCACCCCUCCUUGAACUUAGGCAGAAAUUUGUUCUUGCCUUGACCAGUCUAGUACAAAACAGUAAUAAUAUGUGGCUUCUGAGGCUGUUAUAAAAAUGCCACCUCACUCUCUUGGAAUGGUUACUCUUGAAACACAGUCACCAUGUUGUGAAGAAGCCCAGGCAGCCUGUGGAGAGGCCCACAUUGAGAGGAGCCAAAGCCCUGGGCCCUCGGCCCUGGCUGAGCUCUUAGCCAACAGACAGAACCAACCUGCCAACCAUGUGAGUCAGCCAUCUUAAAAGGAGGCUCCCCAGCCCCCAGUUCAUCGUCCAUUCAAUACUGUAUAGAACAGAGACAAGCCCUGGCCAAAUUGCAGAGUCAUGUGCAAAAUAAAUGAAUGUUGUUCUUUCAAGCCACCGAGUUUAGAGGUGGUUUGUUAUGCAACAGUACAUAACUGAUAGGCUAACUCUGAAAUGUCUUAAAUCUGUUACCAUCUCUCCAUUCCCCCAGGACAGGCCCUUGUUACCUUUGUUGAUUGGAGACAACCCACCUAGUGAAUCUUCCAGAAGUAAAGCUCUGCUUGGAAUAAUAGUUAACACUACUGAAUACUAAUUUACCUACAGUAUUAGUAUUGAGCUUUAAAUUCAUUUUCUUUUUUUUUUUUUUUUUGAGACGGAAUCUUGCUCUGUUGCCCAGGCUGGAGUGCAGUGGCACAAUCUUGGCUCACUACAAGCUCCACCUCCCGGGUUCACACCAUUCUCCCGCCUCAGCCUCCCAAGUAGCUGGAACUACAGGCACCCGCCAACACGCCCGGCUAUUUUGUAUUUUUAGUAGAGACGGGGUUUCACCAUGUUAGCCAGGACGGUCGGUCUUGAUCUCCUGACCUCGUGAUCCACCACCCACCUUGGCCUCCCAAAGUGCUGGGAUUACAGGCGUGAGCCACCGCGCCUGGCCUUAAAUUCAUUUUCUUAUGUAAUCCUUACGGUCCUACAAAGUCAGUUGAAGCUGAAGAAAUGAGUUUAAAUAGGUGUAUUAAGGACUUAAUUUUCCUCUCAUAAAGAAAGAAAUAAAGCUCAGAAAGUAAUAACUAGCCCAGGGUUCAAACCUAAGUGUCAAGUCCAAGGUCAAUGCUUAUAACCAUCUUCCCUGCUCAAGAAUCUCCACUGGGCCAGGUGCAGUGGCUCGUGCCUGUAAUCCAAGCACUUUGGGAGGCUGAGGCAGGAGGAUUGCUUGAGCCACAGGGUUCGACACCAGCCUGGGCAACAUAGUGAGGCAUGGUAUUAGUCAGGUUUGGUGGCUCACACUGUAGGCCCAGCUACUUGGGUGGCUGAGGUGGAAGGAUCUCUUGAGCCCAGGAGGUCAAGGCUGCAGUGAGCUACGAUUGCACCACAGCCCUUCAGGGUAAAAAAAAAAAAAUCUGCAGUGGUUCCUCACUCACAGGAUAACAACUUAAACCUGGCUUCCAAGUUGGACUAUCAUAUGGUCCCAACUACCUUUGCAGCUUUGGAAUUAAGGCAUCAGGUCUAGGCACAUGAAUUUCCUGGUUGCACUUGUUUUGUGUGGGGUGGCAGGAAGAAACUCAGGCCAUCGGCUACUCUAGGCACUGCCAGAGUCACUUAUUCUUUCCAGAACUUGGCUUCCUCAUCUAAGGUGACAGACAAUUGAACCAACUCGUUUUAAAGUUCUCUUUCAGUUCUGCCCUGUGUAGUGUGAAGACUGUCCUCUUGUACUUUUGUACUUCCUACCUCUUCUAGAACCCCAGCCUGAGCUUCCUGCCAGGGCACAUGUCCCCACUUCUGAGAUGGAGAGAAGAUGGGAGACAGAGAUGAAUGCUUUUGUGAAUGUUCUCUAUUUACCCACUUUUUCAGAACUAGCUUUGGCCUUAUAUUGUGGAAUAGAAUCUGCUUGUCUGCAGCUCUAGGGGUAGAAGGAACGUUUUCUUCUGAUAUUUCUGAGAUCCCUAUUACCAGUGGUUUUUUUGAGAGUAAGCGUUGGAAUGUCAUUAGCACUGAGAAGGAAGGGCAGCGGGGGAGGCAACCGAAAAGCUCAGACUUACAUUCUUGCUUCCAAAUUAUUUUGCAUGCUUUCUGGACAUUAGUACAACAGACCAUUGAAGUAUGGUUUGCCAAGGUUAGGUUCAAUCACUGCAUGAGCCCGUUACCUCUGCAAUUACUUUACCCUUCUUCAACUUGGUGACUUUGGGUUGUUGAAUUGUAAGGGGGAAAGGUUUUUUGUUUUGCUUGUUUUUUUUAGUUUGUGAUUUACAGUUCUUCUUUCCAUUUGUUUUGUGGAAGCUUUAUAGAAAUUGAUUUGAAACCUGAGAUACUUUGAAAUAUAAAAGAGCAAGAGUUAUCCCAGGACUCUCAUUCAAAAAAUUUAAUGAUGGCAAAACAAGCUUCCCUGGAAUCUUCAGAAUUUUCUUCAGAAUUCUAUCCCUUUGAACUUACUGAAUUUGGUUUCUUUUUUAGUUCCUGGUUCUUCCUUAUUUUUAUCAUGGUGCUAAUCUUUGUUUACCCAGGUUCUGACAUUUUUACCCUAGAAUUAAUUACCCCAGAUGGGCGACUCUACUGUGUUUUCCAAGCAAACAAAGAAGGCAGGAAAUGUGAGCUUCCUGAGCAAAUUGCCUUUCCGUUUUAAUAUGAGAUUUGCCUUUUAGAAUCAUAUUUUUCUUAUGUUUACUUUUCUUCAUUGUUAUUAUCAUUAUUAUUAUCAUUUUGGUUUGGAUCUAGUUAGAGUUUCCCUUUUCCAUUUAAAAUUUGGUCCUGAUAUUUUGCUUUUUGCUUCCCCAUGUCUCAAUUUGUUAAAUCUUAUUGUUCUAUGUAAUCUGAAUUGCUACAUCCUUUCUGUUGACUAGCUCCUUGCUCAGAAUAACUUUUCCACACCUGGAACUUUGGCGUAGGAGUUCUUUUCACUUUUAUGCAUUUCCCACGACAUUACAGGGUGAGUACGUAGCAGAUGAGUGCUUGUGAGCCUUUCCUCUGGGAUUCACACAGAUGGCUCACUCCUAACUUUGGUGAGUCAUUCAGUGGCCAGAUGUUUGCCUCUUUCCUCCUCCCCACUCUACCCCCACAAUUCAGUGUACUGUUCUUUGAAUGACAUCCCCUCUGUUUUUGCCUCUCUUUCUCCUGAUGCAAUGGCCAAAAUGCCGGAAAUGGCUGCCUUAAAUGUAGGGACCAUUAGGAUCUUGCUCAACACAGAACCCAGGUCACCUGUAAUAACACAGCUGGCUCCCAGUCCUGAAACCCUGCCUUUCUGCCCUGAAUGGGGUGCAGAGAACCAGUCCAGACACCUGAAACUGCCACCCUUCUUCAUCUGUAGGUGCAGGGGCCCUCUGUAUCAGGAAGAGAGCCUCUCUGAAAUCCACUGUCAUUCUGGGCUUUUCCUGGACCAGCUCUCCUUACCUACCCCCUUCUCUAGCCUGUCAGUUUCACUCAUUCAUUGGACAUUUAUAAGCACUAAGUAUGUACCAGGCAUCAUGCUGGCCUUUGGUGGUACCAACAAAUAAAGAGACUGCUAAAUGCAGAAAAAUAGGCACAGAGUAAAGACUUGUAAGUCUGUAAAGGAGUGCUCAGUGAGAAGUCACACAAGCUAAGUUUCCAAGGACCAUUUGCAGAUCACUGCUGAACAUUCUCCAUCCUGCCUACUUUGUAUUAGAGGACUUCUUGCAGGGAGAAAUAUAAUCAGCAGGAUCCUCACUCAGAGACCUGGCAGACACCACCUUAACCCAGUGAUCAAAGUUAACCUCCCCAGUACAUGUACAACUACUGCUGCCCUGAUAGGAUGCACUGAGAACAUUUCUGUGUCAUUUCUACCACAGAUGCGCUACUUGAAUCUAAUUAUGAAGAGACAAGAGACAAACCCAGAUUGAGGGGCAUUCAGCAAAAUAAUUGCCCUGUACUCUUUAAAAAACGGCAAUGUUGAGAAAGACAAAGAAAGACUGAGGAGCUAUUCCAGUUAAAGUAGGCUAGAGAUGUGGGAACCAAAUGUGAUGCAUGAUCCAGGAUAUUCUUUUAUUACAAUGAGCAUCAUUGGGACAGUUGGUAAAAUGUGAAUAUUGUCUGAAGAGUAUAAUAUUGUAUCAAAGUUAAUUUCCUGAUCUUGAGGAUUGUACUGUGGUUAUGUAAGAGAAUGUCCUUGUUUUUAGGAAAUAGAUGUUGAAAUAUCUUGAGAUAAAGAGCAUUAUGUCGGCGACUUAUUAUCAAAUAGUACAGGAAAAUGAGUGUGUGUGGGUGGGUGUGUGUGUGUGUGUGUGUGUGUGGAGAGAGAGAGAGAAGGGAGGGACAGAGGGACAGAGAGAUAUAAAACAAAUGCACCUGGGUGCGGUGGCUCACGCCUGUAAUCCCAGCACUUUGGGAGGCCAGGGUGGGCAGAUCAUGAGGUCAGAAGUUCGAGACCAGCCUAACCAACAUGGUGAAACCCCGUCUCUACAAAAAUACAAAAACCAGCCAGGCGUGGUGGCGCGCGCCUGUAAUCCCAGCUACUCAGGAGGCUGAGGCAGGAGAAUUGCUUGAACCCAGGAGGCGGAGGUUGCAGUGAGCCAAGAUCACACCACUGCACUCCAGCCUGGUGACAGAGCAAGACUCCGUCUCAAAAAAAAAAAAAAAUGCAGUAAAAUGUUAACAUUUGGGGAAUCUGGGUGAAGAGUGGGAAUUCUUUGUACCAUUCCUGCAACUUUUCUGUAAGUCUACAAUUACGUCCAAAAAGAGAAUUGACAAGGUCCCACCAAAGAGGAGAGACAGCUUUGAACAUGGAAAUACAGGGCAGUAACUUGGCAGUUUGCUCUUUGGCCUGCAAAGGCAGUAUUCAUGUGAGUGAGAGUCACUUGUCUUCAAGUCCUGGCAUUUUAUGUAGCAGAUCCCAAAAGCUGCCUGAAAGCCCCAGGCCUUGUGUCGUUUCCCCUUCUGUUCACAGGUAUCUUCCAGGCACUCACUAGAAUAUGGUGUCUGACAAGUUUCUCAGUUAACCAAGCAUGGAACCAGAAUUCUCAGAAAUACCAAGGACAGUUUCUAUGGCACUGACCAGGCUUCACCCUAGAGAGUGGUCCCCUACUGAGAACAAUUCUUCCUUUCCCCUGGCUACAAAAUAGGGAUUCCUGGCCUAUUUCUGCCAAAUGCUUUGUGGAAGCAAAAAAUCAUAAGCCUUGUGUUUUCUCCAUUAUAGAAAAUUAGGCCAGGUGUGGUGGCUCAUGCCUGUAAUCCCAGCACUUUGGGAGGCCGAGGCGAGUGGAUCACUUGAGGUCAGGAGUUCAAGACCAGCCUGGCCAACAUGCUGAAACCCUGUCUCUACUAAAAAUACAAAAAUUAGCCAGGCGAGGUGGCGGGCAUCUAUAACCCCGGCUACUCAGUAGGCUGAGGCACGAGAAUCGCUUCAACCUGGGAGGCAGAGGUUGCAGAGAUUGCGCCACUGUACUCCAGCCUGGGCAACAGAGCGAGACUCUGUCUCCAUAAAAAAAAAAAAGAAAAGAAAAAUAAUAUUCCCUCUUUCUUGGCCCUUGGUUUUUGGGGUGCUUUUUUGUUGUUUAAUAAUGGACUUUAUUUUUAUUUUAUUUUUAUUUUUGAGAUGGAGUUUCGCUCUUGUUGACCAGGCUGGAGUGGAAUGGUGUGAUCUCGGCUCACUGCAACCUCCAACCUCCCGGGUUCAAGCGAUUCUCCUGCCUCUGCAAAUCUGUAGUUUACAUUAGGGUUCACUCUUUGUGCUAUGCAUUCUAUUGUGUUUGUUUGUUUGUUUGUUUGUUUGUUUGUUUAGAGACAGGGUCUCACUCUAUUGCCCAGGCUGGAGUGCAGUGGCGCAGUCAUGGUCUACUUCAGCCUCAAGCUCCUGAGCCUAAGUGAUCCUUCCACCUCAGCCUGCCAAGUAGCUGAGACUACAGCAUGUGCCACCAUGCCUGGCUCAUUCUAUGGGUUUUGACAAAUGUAAAAUUACAUGUAGCUACCAUUAAAGUAUCAUACAGAAUAGUUGCACUACCCUAAAAUUCCCCUGUACUCUAGCUAGCUAUUCAUCCCUCCCUUCCUACGCCCCAAACUCCUGGAAACCACUGAUCUUUUUACUCUCUAUAGUUCUGCCUUUUCCAAAAUGUUAUAUAGUUGGAAUGAUAUAGUAUGUUCCUUUUUCAGACUGCCUUCUUAUACUUCACAAUGUGUAUUUAAGUUUCCCCCACGUCUUUUGUGGCUUGAAUAGUUCGUUUCUUUUUUGCACUGAGUAAUAUUCCAUUGUAUGGAUAUACCACAGUUUAUGCAUUCACCUACUGAAGGGUAUCUUGCUUGCUCCUAAUUUUCGGCAAUUAUGAAUAAAGCUGCUAUAAAGA